GGCGUGCUGUUCCCCGCGCGGAUGCUGGAGCGGGUUAUUGAGGGCGGAACUACUUUUAUUCAUCAUCAACAGAAUGAAUCCGUACUCUAAGUGAAUGGUUACCGAUCACGGGAGUUGUGGGAAAGCUACUUUGGUGACGGUCACCGGCGCUUAAGAUCCCUAGGCGGCUGAAAAGAGAAACGCGACGCGGAGUUUUGAGCGUUCGGCUGACUGGUGGACCGAUGCCGCCCGUUCAGAGAACUAUGUCGGAUCUCCGGACCCGAGCAGACGGUUAUGAGAAAACAGAAGACACGUCUGAGAAAACAUCUCUAGCAGACCAGGAAGAUUCCAGACUAAUAUUCAUCAGUCAGCCCCAGUUUACCAAAUUCUGCAGUAAUCGUGUCAGCACUGCAAAGUACAACGUCCUCACGUUCCUGCCUCGGUUCCUGUACUCUCAGUUCAGAAGAGCCGCAAACUCUUUCUUCCUGUUCAUCGCACUUCUACAGCAAAUCCCUGAUGUGUCGCCAACGGGACGAUGGACAACGCUGGUGCCAUUACUUUUCAUCCUGGUGGUUGCGGCAGUGAAGGAGAUUAUUGAAGAUCUGAAACGUCACAAUGCUGAUAAUGUUGUCAACAAGAAAGAGACACAAGUAUUGAGGAACGGCGCCUGGGAGAUUGUGCACUGGGAGAAGGUGUCUGUAGGAGAGAUAGUGCGAGCAGCCAAUGGAGAUCACCUCCCGGCCGACCUCAUCAUUCUGUCCUCCAGUGAACCUCAAGGAAUGUGCUACAUUGAGACUUCAAAUCUGGACGGAGAAACCAAUCUCAAGAUCAGACAGGGUCUGACGAUCACCACAGACAUUAAGGACAUUGACGGUCUAAUGCGUCUCUCUGGGCGGAUGGAGUGUGAGAGUCCGAACAGACACCUGUAUGAGUUUGUGGGUAAUAUUCGCCUGGAUGGACACGGCACCGUACCACUGGGUCCGGAUCAGAUCCUGCUGCGAGGAGCUCAACUCAGGAACACACAGUGGGUGCACGGCAUUGUGGUUUAUACAGGACACGAUACCAAACUCAUGCAGAACUCCACACGGCCUCCUCUGAAGCUUUCUAAUGUGGAGCGCAUCACCAAUUUCCAAAUCCUCGUUCUUUUCGGCUGUCUCUUGGCCAUUUCGCUGGUUUGCUCCAUCGGCCAAACCAUCUGGAAGUACCAGUUCGGCAAUGACGCCUGGUACAUGGAUCUCAACUGUAAGAGCCAGACCUCUCCUCCUCCUGUCAUGCUAGACCGCUUGCGCGUCUAUGUGUGCUUUCAUUUUAUUUUAUUGUCAGUAAUUUUCGUCCUCCCUCUGUGUAAACAAAUAUGCAUUGCAUAUGUGAAUAUUUGUCAAUAAAAAGGGAAAGGAGAACCUUUCUCUUUUAGUUCUAAUAUGCAUAGACACAAGGGGUUAAACGGAUCGCGGUUGGUCUGUGAUCCAUUCGGAUUGCGACCCACGGAUCGGAACGUUCAUUAUUUACACAUUUUGAACACAAGUUUAACGAUCACUGUGAAAGUUGGUUUUGCUGCUGUUUCUUUUUUUAAAAUAGGCUUGCAGAUUUUUAUGUACUCUAACUAUUUACUUUCCCUCCACUUGUUCAAAACGAGUUUUUUGAGUUUCUGGUAAACACAAUAGGAAUGGUUGAAAGUUUCUGAUGGUAUGAUAACCUUGGAUAAAAAUAUCACAGUU